CAAGGUCAGGAUGGCCACGAAGGUUGAAGGACUUCUCCUGCGACAGCUCUUUGAGGGGGCGAGCUUCACCUACACCUACAUCCUUGCUGAUGAGGCAACCAAGGAAGCUGUCAUCAUCGAUCCCGUCUUGGAGACUGUUGAGAGGGAUGUUACCCUCAUCAAGGACCUCGGGCUGAAGGUACUCUACGGCAUCAACACUCACUGCCAUGCUGAUCACAUCACCGGCACCGGGAAGAUGAAGCAGCUCCUUCCUGAGAUGAAGUCUGUGAUCUCAGGCAAGUCAGGAGCCAAGGCCGACCAGCACAUUCAGCACGGCGACGUCAUCAAGUUCGGCAGACAUAAGCUCGAGGUCAGGUCCACUCCUGGCCACACUGAUGGAUGUGUGACCUACGUUCUCAACGACGGGGUCAUGUGCUUCACUGGUGACGCCCUCCUCAUUCGCGGGUGCGGGCGCACGGAUUUUCAGCAGGGAGACCCCAGCUUGCUCUACGAUUCCGUGCACAAGGAGGUCUUCUCCCUCCCGGACAACUGCAUCGUCUACCCCGCCCAUGAUUACAAAGGGUUGAUGAGCUCGACGGUGUUGGAGGAGAAGACUCUGAAUCCGCGAUUGACCAAGAGCAAGGAAGAGUUUGUUGAGUUGAUGAACAACCUGGGCCUCCCCUACCCCAAGCAGAUCGACAAGGCCUUGCCUAUGAACCUGGUUUGCGGGAUUCAAGAUUAAGAAAUUUGUAGAAAGAUGUUGCAUUCCCCAGCCAGCAAUUGGGGAGUUGCAUAUAGAUGUGUUGCUGAACAAUGUUUGUGAAUC